UUUUUUUUAUUUCUUUUUUUUUUUUUUCUUUUGCGUCGAAUGUUGUCGCGCAUGAUCGAUGAAAAGUUGCAAUUGUGAGAGCAGCUUUAGCGGCGUGUAGAAAGGCGCAGGCUUCGAAUCGAUCCUCCACCCCCAAAGUAUCCAAAGAACAACCACCGGCCGACGACUCUCUUGUCAACCCAACAACAGUUCAAAAGCUCCGAAAGCAAACAUGGCGCUGGAUUUCGCAGCCACUUACAAGGUUCUGGUGUUGGGUGACUCGAACGUUGGGAAAACUUGUAUCGUGCACCGUUAUUGUGACGAACGUUACUACGAUACUUACAUAUCAACGAUAGGUAUCGAUUUCAAACAAAAAAUAAUUAACCUGGAUGGAACACCAAUUAAGCUUCAAAUUUGGGAUACUGCUGGUCAAGAGCGAUUUAGAGCGCUAACAACAGCUUAUUAUCGUGGUGCUAUGGGUAUCCUUCUGAUGUACGACGUCACUAGUUUAGAAAGUUUCAAUCAUUUAUCGUACUGGCUGCGAAAUAUUCAAGAAAAUGCCUCUCCGGAUGUCGUGAAAGUAGUGGCGGCAAACAAAUGUGAUGUUACUACAAAUAGGGCUGUUGAUGCGGAAAGGGGACAGAAAAUAGCUGAAAGUUUUGAUAUGCCUUUCUUCGAAGUAUCUUGUAAAGAGAACAUAAAUAUUGAGGAAGCUUUUCUCACUUUAGCUAGAAGAAUACGAGAACAACGAGGACGCCGGGCUAGUUUGUUCGAUGCUUCAGAAAGGGAAGGAGCCAACAAUAUUGUUAUGAAGCAAUCACCGUCUCACGUCUCAGUCUCAGUCUCUGUUACCCCAGGUGAAUCUUGGAGAUGCACAAAUGCAUGUUAGUUUCUAUAAUUAUGAGAAUUGAGACGUGCUUCGACUAUUAGUAAAUACGAAGUAUUCAUUGCGAACAAGAUUUUAUCUUUCGUGAUUGCGCACAAGAAAAAAAUAAGUAAGGAGAAAAGUGCGUCAUUUCUAUGUGUAAAUAUGGGGUAAACUCUGGUAAGUCGAUGAUAAUUUUAGGAUUUUUCUAACAAUUGCUAAUAGCCGAGUAAUAGAUUAACAGAUAUUUAUUAAGUACAUUUAAUUUUAAAAAAUGUAAUGUUAAAUUAUAUUAAAUUAUAUUUCUAAAUCGUUCUUAAUCAUAUAUUUAUUACAUUAUUAUUAUAUUAUUAUAUAUAGAUAUUAUUAUUAAGUUAUAAAUUUAUAUUUAUAUUUAUAUUGUUAUAUAUUUAUAUUAUUACUAGUUGUUUUCAGAAUGACUUGGAUAUCCAUCGUAGAACUAAUUUUAAUAUUUAAGCAUAGAUAAUGAAUGUUAGGUAAAUUACAUUCAAUUCAUUUAAGUCAUUUUUCCUUUUAUAUCUUUAUGAUAUUUAUAAUAGCUUUUUUUAUAUUAGUCGUUUCUUAAUCUAUUUUACUUUUACCUUAAAUUUUUUUGGAAUGGAUAUUUAAAAAAUUGUUUCAAGAAAUAAAGAAAUUUCGUUCAAUAAUUAAUAAUUUUGUGAUAAUUAAAUAUUUAAUUAAUAUUAACUUAAAUAAUAUUAACUCUAAUACGAAAAUUUAUUAAUUACUGAAGUGUUAUAAGCAGAAAUAGUAAUUUGUGUUUUUUUCCAAUAAAAUAAUUUAAACAUCAACGAUAAACAAAACUUAUAUUAAUUUAAAUUAAAAUUAAAUGAUAUAUUAAUUAUUUUCAUUUUAAUUUAUUUGAAAAUUAAAUCGAGACUGAUUGAAGUGAUCGAAAGAUAUAUUUAUAGCAUACAAUAAUUAACGAUCACUAAUUAAAUGCUUCAAAUAAUAAUAAAUUAGUUACUAUGUAUAUAAAACGAUUUUUAAAUUUUAACUUCGUAUCAGAGAUAAAUGAAAAAGUAUCGUAAAUUAAGCAGAGUUUACCCUAUACAUGUACAAUGCGAACGAAUUUGUGAAAUAUUAUAAAUGGCAUCUAGGAGAAACAAGGGUAGAAAAAUAGAUAUUACGUGUCUACGUCUACGAUAUAACUAUCUAAAAUGACACUCAUCACGAAUAUUCUAAGAAACAUUGCAAAUAUUGUCGUAAAUUUUGCACCUUCGUUCUCUAAUGAUUUUCAAUCGAACGAAACAACUGAUACAAUUCAUUGAACGUAUUCUAUCACGUUUGCGUGUCAACGUACGAUUAUUACACGAGCAUUAACAAGUAGAGCAAUGCAAAUCGUAUAUACAUAACAACAGCACAAUUAUAUUAUAUAUGCUAAGCAUUAUUGCUGAAAAAAGAGACUUGUACUUUACAUAAACGUAUGCUCUGACAUUUUGACAAUUUCAAUGUGAUGUAUUAACAAGCUGAAAUUUCAUUUUUAACGUUAAUCGAAACAGUUAGUUAAAUUAACUUUAAUAUUAUACGAUAGAUGUCUAUUUAUAAUUGCAAUGAAGCAAUGAAGUAAUUUCGAAUUAUAGUAUUUGCACAUACACACGAUCAACACCUGACGUGAUUCAUUAUUGUAAAUCGUCGGGAAUAAUUUGAAAGUGAUAAAUAUUGAAAUUACGUAUGACUGUUUAGAUAAAAAGAAAAUAUUCUGGCGAUAUUCCAUAGGUCAUUAUCGUUCCUUACCAAAAGAAACGUGAAAAAUUUCAAAUAAGCUUUGUAAUAAUUAUUAAUAACAUGAAAAUUAAAGAGGCUGAAGCACAUUAAUAAAUUUAUGAUAGAUGUAUAACGUUCGUAACCAGCGAAAAUAUGGUGCAACUGUACAAGAAACAUUUUAUAAAAUUUUAAACUCGAUCGUAUUAUAAAAUAUAUCAUGUUACAAUUUGCUUGUUAGCAAUAA